AAGAAGUUGGAUUACCAGGGCUAUACCAGUAGCUGAUUGGAUCUCACAUCAGCCUGAUCGGAUAUCAGCUAUCGUGCUGAUCUGGGCCACCAUGCAGCGGCUCGCGAGAGCAGCUCGUGGCAUGCUCAUUGCUCUUAUCUACAUCUCUGCUGCAGCUGCCUCCGCUGCCCUCGAAGACUCAUCUGCCGGCUUCAUCCGCUACUCGCAACUCAACGGGUUAGUGAGCCUCACCGAACUGCCCACGCACCGACACACAAACACGGCUGAUCUGUCAUCUGUCGCUGCGUUGCGUCGCUUCAGGUCGCCUUACACGGUCACCUACAACAGUUCAUCUCUGCUCAUCGACGGGCGGCCAUCUCUCAUCCUCUCUGCCGGCAUCCACUACCCCAGGGCCUCGGCGGGGGAGUGGGACAGGAUCUUCAGAUACAUCAAGGCGGCGGGAUUCAACGCCAUCCAGUCCUAUGUGUUCUGGAACAUCCAUGAGCCCAUCGAGGGCCAGUUUGACUUCACCGGCCGCCGCAACCUCACUCUCUUCUUGCAUAAGGCUGCCGAGCACGACCUGUUUGUGGUGCUGCGCCCGGGGCCCUACGUGUGCGCCGAGUGGACGUAUGGCGGCAUCCCCGUGUGGCUGCGGGCCGUGGAGGGGAUGGCUUUCCGGCAGUACAAUGAGCUGUGGAUGGGCUACAUGACCAAGUACAUGAGGUGGAUCAUGCAGCUGGUGGAGCCGUCGCUGCCGAGGAACGGCGGCAAUAUCAUUGUGGCCCAGGUGGAGAAUGAGUACGGGUAUCAGAGCGAGAAGAUGCCGGACGGCCACAAGUAUGUCGAGUACUGCGCCGACCUGGCCAACUCGCUGGAGACGGACGUCCCCUGGAUCAUGUGCAAGCAGGACGAUGCACCGCCCUCGGUCAUCCAUACGUGCAACGGAAACGACUGCUGGAAAUGGAUACCGCACCAGUGUGGCGGUGAGUGAGUAAUGCACACAUGCACACGGGGGGACUACAUGGGCGCGGCGCGCAUAGAUGAGAUGGGUCUCUCUCUCCUUUCCCUGCUGCUUGGUUCUGCUUGGCUUGCUUCUUCAGCUGACGGUCAGCCGUGUAUGUGGACAGAGCACUGGGUGCAGUGGUUUCGCAAGUGGGGUGAGGUUCAAAGGUACAUCACACCUGACGUCGUCACCUAUCGGGACCUCAGGUGCGCAGGAAGGAACUGGGGCCGGAGGGGCCGGCUGCAUUCAGCAAUGUGCGUGUUGUCCAUUGGUUGGGUCAGGUGGUUUGCGUCAGGCGGGGUCCAUCGCAACUACUACCAGGUGCUCGGUUGAUGAUACCCUCCCUCACCACAGACGCAAACAGACAAACGCCAUACCGUCUCUCGUCUUCCUGCUCUGCAGUCCUUCGGCGGGAGCAACUUUGGCCGAACGGCAGCUCAGUCGAUCACGACGAGCUACGACUACGGCGCAGCUCUUGACGAGUACGGCUUCCCGCGCGAGCCCCUCUACAGCCAUGUCAAGACCAUGCAGCUGGUGCUGGCCACCUACAGCCACGUCCUCACCACUCAGGCGCCGCCAGUCCCCACGCGCCUCGACCAGAAUGACACGAGCGUCGUGGCAUUUGACUGGGGGCCUGUUGCUUUUCUUGUCAACGAAAAUGGCCCCACUAUCUCCAGAACAGUCCCAUGGAAAGGUGUGCGGGAGACCUGGGUGGUUUGCCGACACGUGCCCCUCUGCACAGUUGUGUUGUUCCCUGAUAAUAUCAGGUCACUCCGUUUCUCUCCGUGGGCAGUCUGUUGUCAUUGUGGACGAGGAGGGAGACAUCCUGUUCGACUCGGCCGAGCUUCCCAGCCCUCACACACUCGCGUCAGUGCCCCUAGCCGGCGCCAAGCGGUCCUUCACGUCCUCAUCGAUCGCCUUCCGCCGCGACCCAACACUCGCCUACACGGAGGACUUCUCCGAGUGUGUGCUGCCGCUGCUGCCGUCCUACUUCUCCAGCCAACCUACCGAGCAGCUCACUCUCACGAACGACACCACCGACUACCUCUGGUACAUCCACCGUGUCAGCGAAGGUGCGAUGGCCUCCGGCGGCACUCAGCUGGCCAUCCCGGCCCACCGUCAUUGGCUCAUGGUUUUCGUCGAUGGCGUCCUGGUGGCCGCACGGAAGAGUGGAGGCAAUGGGGGCUCGGUCAUCGAACUGCAGAGGCCACCUCAGAAGACGAUCGCGCUGUUGAGUUCCACCCUGGGACUGGUCAACUUCGGUGCCUAUCAGGAGAGGUGGCACGCCGGCAUCUAUGGGGGAGCGGUGAAGCUCGACGGCCGGCCGCUGGAGGGCUGGGAGCACUGCCCCGGGGUGGGAGGGGAGACUUUGCAGCUGUGGGACGACCCUUUGCAGCACAGCGACGGCUGGAGAGACACCAAGUCAGCGGGUGUGGAUGUGUCUGCGUGGCGUGAUGUGCCCAUUGUGUGGUACAAGGCUGAGAUCGACAUUGACGAGGCCAUCGACAUGGACGGCACCAAGUACUACCUCACCUUAUUCGACGAGGACGGGCAUGGGGGGCUGCUCAAGGGCAGCGCAUUCGUCAACGGCCAUGCUCUUGGUGAGAGGCAAGAUAACAAGGCAAGACCCACGAUGAUCCGCCAAAUGUGUUGUGACGUCUGCCUGGUUUCAGGCCGUUAUUGGAACAUCACGAGUCAGGGCAGCGACUGGCCGGUGGGGUCGUCUUCAGUGAAGGCUGACAUUGUGCAGGAGGCCCGCCGCCGCCGGUCGCUCAGCAGCGGGCCACGGGAGGGAGGACCUGACCCUUCACGACUGCAGACGUACCAUGUGCCCCCGGACUGGUCAGUCACCCAAUCAAUCACACUCACGUCGCACGAAGCCACCACGCUUGCACUGCACUGCAUUGUCUUGUUCUUGCAGGUUAGUUGAGGGCAAGAACACCUUGGUGGUGUUUGAGGAGAUCGGUGGCGAUCCCAGGAGUGUCACCAUAACCCGUAGGCGGGUAACGGGCGAUAGGAUGGGCUUCAUCCGCCAUGGCGGACGGGAAGCCGCGAUCUAUGCUUGAUGGUGCCUGAGCAGGCCAGAUCUAAGCAGGUGCUGCAGGUGCUGCAUCGAUUUUCGUGCCUGGGUCGAUUUUCGUGUUGCAUGAGGGAGGAAGGAGUGGCCGUACGUGUACACUGCGGCCGCCUUUAUGGGCCCCAGGAGUGUGCGGACGAGUGUAGGUCAUUUUGUAUUUGUGUGUGUAGGGCACGAUUGGUGUGUCUAUGCGGUGCUGACAGUGUUUGUGUCACUGCAUAGCAGUUUAGUGGACAGAGAGUGUGUAU